AUGUACAAAAUUGCAGUGUUAAACGGGCGCUUGGCCUCCUCCGAGCUUUCAAUUAUGUAUAGUCAGCUUGGCGGCUGUGCGUGUUUCCCUCUACAGUUCAAUCCCCCCGAUCUUCUCUGUCAGUAUUGCCGCAAGCCCCUUGUCCUGCUUCUACAGCAUAUCUCUCCAGGCUCCACGGUAACCAUACACAGGGUGACCUAUACAUUCAUAUGCAAUAGCGUCCAUUGUGUUGACACCGGUCUCGCCUUGACGGUGAACAUUCCAUACUGUUGGAAAGAAAAAGUCAACAGCCAAACCCAAACCCAAACCCACAUAGCUCCGCAGCAAUCUCUUCUGGAAGAUGUAGGUAAUGCAUCUGCAGACCUGCUUGGUGCAUUGAAAGGAGCAUCGCUAUCAGUCUCUGCUGCUCCCGAAUCUAGUUCCGCGACUACUUCUUCAGCAACGGAACAAGACGGCAUACCAUAUCUGAAGAUCUGUAGUUCACUCCCAGCCUUCGACCUGCGCUCGUAUCCAGUUGAACAAGAACAGGUGCAGCUUGCUUCAGGAGAACUUGAACGGGCAAAGAUCAACAAUGACCACGAAGAUGAGACGGACGAUGAACAGAUUGAUGGCACACCGAUGGAAAUAUUGCAGCAGCUCCAUCCGAAGGCCAUGGUAUUAUAUGGAUACGACAUGCCCCCACUGCUUCCUUCUAAAGACAGGCAAGCAGUGGUGGACCAAAUAGACCCCACAAAGUAUGUCCACGAGUGUGACAUCUUUCCAACAGUUAUAAGUGCCUUACAAUUAUAUAAGCAUGGGCCAUCAGCAGACGAUAGCGCCGAAUUUCGCAUGAUCAGCGUCUGGGGUGCCAGAUCAAUGGAGCCAGGUGUUCACUUUGGGCGCGUACAUGUUGUUCCAGAGGAAGAGAUAAGGAACUACCUUGAUUCAAAUUGA